AUUUUGUCAAUGUCUCCUACGAGCGAUACGUUGACGCGCACCAGUUGGAAGUCCACCGCCAGCGCCACUCUGGCCAGUGCUAGCGCCGCAGACAGCAGCCAACAGAACGUGUGCAGCCAUGCCGAUAUGAUCGUCAGGUGGAUAGCUUGGUACACGCCGCGAAUUCGGCGCUCGUAUGCUAGUGUGGCUACGUUUACUGUGUAUGAGCAGCUGGUAAAUAUAUUUAAGUUAGGUGUUGUAAAGCAGUUUUAUCAUGUCAGCUGCUAUGUCAACAAGCAGAACACAGAAAUUUGAGAUGCUUUCGCAUCGCAUGGCCAAGCUGAUACGAGUUUAUGAAGAAGAAUGCUAAGUGGUGAAUUAAAGAUAAAUUGCUAGUGUUGGACCGGUAUCGAUUUGACGUCCGCGUUCGACUGCGAGUGGAGCAAACCAAUUACAGACUAAGGUUCAUUAGAAAUGAUAAAGUUAAUAUGAGUGCUUCCACCAAAAACGGGGCUGCGUCGUCAGGCGAAACGUCAAGAAACAAAUAAAUCAGCGGAUCUAUACCGUUGAAACUUGUUUUAUUUAAUGAUUGUAAUAAGUAUCUGUACCAUGUUUUAAAAUUUAAAAGACUGGCCAAUAAGUUGGUGACCACUGUGCCAUCAUAUUUAUUUACAUGAAAUGUAUUUUAAUAGUCAAUAAACUCAAUAUAUUUCCUUAUCGAUAAAACGAGUUUCAGCGCUGGCCUAUCAAUAUACGAAUGUGUAUCGAGGAGAAUAGAUGGACAGUUAUUGAGUGACAAUGCUCAGUAUCUGGCUACGUACAAUGUAUUAUUUGGUCGAAGCUAUUGAAAGUGAUAAUUAUUUAUAAAUUAAAAUCGAGAUGAGGUCAUUCCUGGUGAUAAUUGUUGGCGUACUGUCCCUAUAUGUGCAUUUAAGUGAUAGUGUCUUUAAGGAACUAAGUUUAGAUUCACAAAAUGCAGUCUGGACGUUGGAGAAUAAAAAUGGCUCCAUUAAGGUGCAGGGUUCAGUGCCCGGCGGCGUCUACUCAGACCUGAUGAAAGCAGUUGUCAUCGGGGAUAUUUUGGAGGGCUUCAACGAUGUGCUCACGAGAUGGGUCGCCUACGACACGUGGACGUACUCCGGAAGGUUUAACGUGACUGAUGACCUGUUAAACUCCGCAGUAGCUCGUCUGGUCUUAAAUGGAGUAGACACAAUUGCUUACGUCGAAAUAAACGGAAAACCAAUUCUCACGACAAACAACAUGUUCGUGAGAUACACCAUCGAUGUAAAGGAUCAUUUGAUGGUAGGGGAAAAUGAAUUGAAGUUAAGCUUCGAGUCUCCCGUGAUGGCAGCUAAUGAGCGUUCAGCUAAACAUUUCACGUUGCCGGAGUGUGUUCCCAAGAAUUACAACGGCGAGUGCCAUGCGAACCAGCUGAGGAAGAUGCAAGCCUCCUUCGCAUGGGACUGGGGACCGGCGUUCCCCUCCGUGGGUCUCUGGAAAACAGCUAAAAUUAAUUUCUUUGAUGACGCUGUGAUUCGUACAGUAACGACGCACACCAAAAAGAAGGACGGCUUCUGGGUUUUAGAUAUCAAAACUUACAUGGAGUCAGGGUACAGAGCAAAGACGAUCUCUGUUCAAAUAGAAGCCAGGAUUAAAUUGGAAGGAGAUCAAUCAAGGACAGUAGCGAGAAUACAUAACGUUACUACUGCUAAUGAUGGUUCUGCUACAAUUAAUAUACAAAUGAUAUUGAGCGAUAACGUGGUAAGAGCUUGGUGGCCAAAUGGUUACGGAAGGCAGAAUCUUUAUGAUCUCGACGUGGUACUUCGAUCGGAUAACGGCGAGAUCUCAAGGAAGCAUAUGCGCGUCGGCUUUCGUGUGUCGGAAUUGGUUCAAGUUGAUGUCUCUGACAAAAUUAGCAAUGCAACGUUCGGUCAAGGUCUUACUUUCCAUUUUGAGGUGAAUGGCUAUCCCUUAUUCAUGAAAGGCUCCAAUUGGAUUCCAGCGCACAUUUUGCCUGAAUACAGCUCUGACAAGGAUAGAAUUGAUGAUUUGCUCCUGUCGGCGAAAGAAACUCACAUGUCGAUGCUUCGCGUGUGGGGCGGCGGUGUGUACGAGGACGAAUACUUCUACAAGCGCUGCGACGAGUACGGAAUACUCAUAUGGCAGGACUUACUUUUCGCCUGCAGCAUGUACCCUGCAGAUCUAGACUUCUUAAACAACGUGAAGACUGAAAUAGAGCAAACCGUUAUCAACCUCAAGAGUCACCCAUCUAUUGCGUUAUGGGCAGGGAAUAACGAAAACGAGGCGGCGUUAAUGGGUAACUGGUAUGGCACAGCUCAAAAUUUUGAAAAGUAUAAGGAGGAAUAUAUCAAACUUUAUGUGGAAACAAUAAGACCUAUCGUAGAAAACUUAGACGAUAAUGCAUAUGUCGUGUCAAGUCCUUCGAAUGGAUUGAAAUCGGAGAUGGACGGCUACUUGUCGAGAAACCCAUACGACCCGAACUAUGGUGAUACACAUUAUUAUAACUACAUGGCUGAUAAUUGGGAUUUCAAUAUCUACCCCAAAACUAGAUUCGCUUCCGAGUAUGGGUUCCAAUCGUUACCGUCUUUAGCGACAAUGCGAAAAGCCACAAAAAAUCCUAAAGACUUCGCAGUAGACAGUCUUUACUCUAAGCACAGACAACACAGCCCCGGCGGCUAUGAAGCUAUAGAGAACCAAGUUAACAGACAUUUGCAACUCGAUAAGAACGAUACUAAAUAUUUCGAAAAGUUCGUAUUUUAUAGCCAGAUAACUCAAGCCAUGGCGAUAAAAACGGAGACAGAAUUUUACCGGCAAAGUCAGGAAGAGUGGUACACCAUGGGUGCUUUGUAUUGGCAACUGAACGACGUAUGGCAAGCACCCUCGUGGUCUAGUAUAGAAUACGGCGGCAAGUGGAAGAUGCUACAUUAUUUCGCAAGAUCCUUCUUCGCGCCAGUUUUGGUGUCACCCAGGCUUCUCGAAUCUGGGGAUGUGGACGUGUACCUUAUAAACGACAGAUUCGUGCCGAUUAUCAACGCUACAAUCAUUGUCGACGUAUUUAACUUCACCAGUUUGACUCCAGCGAGUACUCAAACCUAUAAAGCAUAUGUUCCAGCUUUGAGCUCAAGAAAACAGGACUUCAGUAUAAAGCUAUGGAAUCAGCAGACUGACGAGAUUUUCCUGAAAUUUACGUUGCAAGCUCCCGGUGUUAAGACUUCGCCUCACAAUUAUGUCUUUCCUAAGCCACUGAAGACGGUAAAAGGAUUAUCACAACCUGAUAUUCAGAUCACAGUUUCGAAACAAACACAAACUGUUACAAAUAAUAAACAUAAAUAUACAGUAAGAAUACAUGUGAAUAGAGUCGUCCUGUUCUUAUGGUUGGAAGCUGAAGAUAUAAGGGGAAAGUUCCAGGACAACGGCUUCAUAGUAACUACACCAUCUUUGAGAGUCACUUUCAUCAGUAGUGAUGAUCUCCUGCCUCAAGCAUUACAAAAAAAAAUUACCUGCCAAUAUUACGUUAAUAAUUAGCAAUGUAAAAUAACUUUCGCCUUUAUAAAAAAGUGAAGAAAAAAACGGUUAUUAUCGGAUAGUUAUCCAAAGCAGUCGUUAUCAAUGUAUAAAAAGCGACUGAAAACCGGCUGCUUAAACGACUCAAUACAAAAAGGUCUUACAUUUUUUAGUUCCCGAGUCAAAUUUGUUAUAACACCUAAAAACAUAGGCAACUAGAACUACCUUUUAAUUACCGUAUUAAUUUUAGCCAAAACAGAUACUUUACUUACACAACUUAAGAGUAGAGUUCAGUUACAGCGCGGCUAUGACACCAACCACAUUUAGGUAACCCGUUACUAAUAAACGAGGAAUGAGCUUCGACUAGUUACGCCGUGUUUUGUUCAUAUCACUCAAGUGCCAUGAUAUGAAUCAUUAACAGAGACAUCACAUGAGUUAAGUAAUCCAAGCUUAGUCUUCGUUUAUUGAUUAGGGGGCUACAUUAUAAAAACAGUUUAUCCUAAAUACUCUCUUUGACUACCUACAUGUUCUAUAAAAUGGAUGUUGAGGUAAGUAGGUACGAGCGAGGCAGGCGAGUGCUUUUCUUGGCCUAUUCAGAAAUUUUCGAUACUGCUAUUACGUAAAUACCGACUACAAAUAUCUAUUUUUUACAAUCAGGUAAUCUAUAAUAUAGAUAAUUUAAUGGCAUUCAAAUAAAAUUCAAAUGAAUGAAAAAAAAACAACAAAUUUUGCAAAUCAAUUUAUUUGACUAAAUUAAUUUCUGUAUAAGUAUAUAAUGCGAGUAAGCGUGCUGAAAUUAAAAACUAAGUACAAAUAUUUGUUAUUAAAUUCAAUAAAUAUAAAUAGUGCGUUUAAAUUAAUCUUUGGACGACAUUUCUUCAACUGGUAAGGGCUUUGUUGAAUUUCAAUAUAAAUGUGAUUUGUUUUUAUUGUUUAUCUUUAUUUUCAUCGUAGGUAUACUAUUUUAAAAAAGUAAUUUUUUUCACAUACAUACCCUUUUACUAUUGAAAAAUACGAGUCGAAAAUAUUCAAUAAGUAUCAAUAAUGUAACAUAGUAAGUAUAGGUUUGACAAUCGUAAUAAAAUUUUGUGAAUAAAAAAAAUUUAGUGUUGUUUUUCGUAGACACGAUACUGAUGACGAAUUGGGGCAACCAUACCAUAAAAAUCAUGUUAUUCAGCAGACGUGAAUGCACAGUCCAUCAUCUCUGAUGGACAUUGAUGUUUUCGUAGAAAAAUUUAACAAACUCAUUUCUUGAUUCAAAGCAAAUAUUACAUAUACAUAUAUUUACUUAACAUUGCAAAGGUUCACAACCUGGAAGCAUAUAUUUUCAUUUGAUGAGCAAAUAGCAAAUAUAACUACAUUUUUAUUUGUAAAAUAACAAGGCAACAGAAGGUUAAAAUAGGACUACUUUUAACAAUUAAUUUGGCAAAUUAGUUGGUUAUUUAGCUCCAAAAUACACUAGCAAUAAGGACACAUUGAUUGUAGGUAUACAAUAUUGUUUAAAACAAUGUAUUGUUUUAAGAAAGGUAGUAUUUUACUACAUUUUUUUUUCUUCCAUUAAUCCUCAAAAACUAUAUCCGAAAGUAGUUUUUAAUUUUUUUUACAAACAUCGUCACGACAAUAUAUUUAAAUUGUAUUUAUUUAUAAAAUAUUUAUAAAUAUGUUAAACUUUAAUUCAAUACGUGCUUACAUAAAGAUCCUGAAUUCUGAUCUCGACUGAUUUAUCUAAAAAACAAACGAAUUUCCUGUUCAUAUAAGCACCAAAUAUAUAUAUAGCCCAACUCAGUAGGUACUGCUAAUGGAAAAAUCGUUUUAAUGCACCGAAAUUUAAUCAUUCGUAUAAUGUGAUAUAAUAUAACAUUAAAACAUAUUGUAAAACCAGAUUACAAAACAAGUUACUAAUCAGUCGUUUAUUUAUACAUCAAUCGAAACCUUGUUUCAACAAUAUUUUAUUAAAUAGGUCAAAAUUCAUUCAAUUUGAACGUAAUAGACCGGGAGAUGAUGACACAAAAUACUUGGUCAUUUGUACCAGUAUGGCGGUUCUUCAGGGGUCUAAUUACGUAAAGGCAAAAAGGAAAAUGAUGGUCAUAGCGCU